CUCCGUCAACAACAGCUGACCGACGGCUAUGUCCACGUCCGCAGUGGCAACAACAUACUCCAAUCGUGUGUCUUCACCCUUUCCACACCGUCUGCAUCGUUUACCGCAACAGCUGGGGAUUAUUAAGGACGAGUCGUCUGCUCGAGCAGCUGCAUAUCGAAGCAGAUGGGCACGAAGGUGUACGGAACUACCUAUCGGCGCGCCGGGUGAGAAAAGAGGCUCUAUAUAACGCCGCGCGGAGCGCUGCGGUGCUGUCCUCCCGCAUGUUGCGGCCGCUUCCCCGACCCCCGUCGGCUGCAUGCGUCGCGGGUAGCCAACCAACGGUAUAGGGCCGAGCUAUGCAGGUUGAGCUGCAAGUGGCGCUCACCUUCCUCGUAUCCUUCCUCUACAACAAACUGCCUCGGCGACGUGUCAACCAGUUCGCCGAGGAGCUGGCAAAGGCUCUCCGACUCAAGUUUCGAGGCCACUGGUACCCCGAAAAGCCGUUCAAGGGGUCUGCUUUUCGCUGCAUCAAAACAGCGCCGCCGCUGGACCCAGUCUUCCAGGUGGCUGCCCGAGAGAGCGGCGUCGACCUUCGCGAUGUCCGCGACCACUUACCGGCCGAUCUCAGCAUCUGGAUCGACCCCGGGGAAGUUUCCUAUCGGCUGGGAGAACGGGGUCCGGCCAGACUGCUCUACAGCGAGCAAGAAGCGGCUUCACUCAGUUUGACCUCGUUCUGCCCGGAGACCUUUCGGCCUGUACAGCCUCAACAGCAGGUACAGCAGCAGCAGCAGCAACAACAACAACAACAACAACAGCAGCAGCAACAACAACAGCAACAACAGCAGCAGCAGCCUGCAGUUGCGGCUGUACCGCAGCAACAGCAGCCUGACCCUCUAUCUGCGCAACUUGGCGGGUUGGGGAUUUCGGAAGGUCGUCUGCCACCCCCGCUCACGUUCACUACUGCUGCGUUCGCGCAGACCAAGUUCGGUUCGACCAAGUUGAAGACGAAUUCUCGACGACGUAUGUCGCCGACAGAGUUCAGCAACUACAUCCGUCAGCGAGCCCUUGCCCAACAACUUCAGGGCGAACCUGGCGACGAAGCUGACGGUCGUCGUCUGCAACUGGGAACCCCACCGGCACCACACCUGCUGGUGGCUAACUGAUCUCCGAUGUUGUUUCCGUUGUUGUGCGUGUACAUAACUACAUAUUCUAUAUUUUGUUACCUCGUUGCUCCGCGGGAUAACGUUGGCCCCGCCUUUAGAAGUUGUAAGGCUAUUUUCGUACAAGCGCUGAGAACGUUCAGCGCCACUAGAGUUGGUGUCCAUGUCCGUUACAACACUAGUGGGGCUGUGUUUGCCCCACUCAUCCCAGCGGGAUACCCGACGAAUCUUUUAUCUUUUCUACUUUUUCGACUUUCAUUACUUUUCUACGUCACGUUGCGUGAAAUAAACUCUGAUCUACUCCCACACA